AUGGGCUUUGCCUUUGACCCGGCCACGGAAGCCUGUGUCCCCGAGGCGCAGUCAAAGUGCAAAAAGCCGGAAAGCUCUCGCUCAAAGGACGGCACCAAGUCUAAGUCAAAGACCUCGGAGAAGCCGGAGCCGCUGAAGGAGCAGCCCAAGGAUGACGCCUCAACAACUCCCGCCAGCAGCGACGAGUCAACCACUGCGCCGAGCACUGAAGCGGCUGAAUCGAGCACUGAGGCGGCGUCCACGACGCCCGCUUCCUCUUCGGAGAGUACCACCAAGGCGGCAGAUGACCAGUCAACUACCACUGCCAAAUCCGAUGCUGAAACUACUACUAAAGCGGCUGAUUCUGAGACGACUACUAAGGCCGCAGACGAUAAGACGACCACCACUGCCAAAUCCGAUGAGACAACCACAAAGGCCAGUGAGGAGACAACCACCAAGGCCAGCGAAGAGACAACAACUAAAGCUAGAGAGGAAACGACCACAAAAGCCAGCGAAGAGACGACGACCAAAGCUAGCGAGGAGACGACGACCAAGGCCAGUGACAGCACCACAACAACAGCCAAAUCAGAUGAGACGACAACAAAGGCAGCGGAUGAGUCGACCACCACGGCAAAGUCCGACGAAACAACAACUGCCAAGUCAGAUGAAACCACUACCAAAGCUUCAAGCGACGCCCCAACCACCGCCUCCUCUGAACAGAGUACGACGGUUAAAUCGACUGACGAGACGACCACGGCCAAAUCAGAUGAGACGACGACCAAAGCUGCUGAUGAGUCAACCACAGCUGCCUCAAGCACUGAAGCAGCCAAGUCGGAGACGACCACAGUAGCCGGAGAGGCAACCACUACAACCGCCUCAGACACUGAAAAGGUCGAAGGCACAACAACCGGUGGAGAGAAGGGCGCCCUAGAAGAGUCCACCCCAGCACCUGAUGAGCAGAAGGCCGAGGAGGCGCCUGCAGAGGAACAGAAGCCCGAAGAGGCGCCCACAGAGGAUAAAAAACCAGAAGAGGCGCCACAAACUGAACAGAAACCGGAGGAAGCACCAGCUGAAGAGGAGCAGCAGCAGCAGCCUGCACCAGCUGAGGCGCCAGCUCCCUCAAAGACUUCAUCAAAGGCUAAACCGGCCGCCGCAGUGCCGCCAGUGGUGCAGCCGGCUCCAGAAGAAGAACAGCAGCCGCCCACCGAACAGAAAGCAGAGGAGGGAGGCGUUCCCGAUGAGGAGGCACAGCCGCAGCCGCAGCAGCAGCUGGACGACAGUCAGGCCGGACCGGAAGAGGAGGCGGUGGCCGCUCAGCCACAGCAGGCUGCUGCUCAACCGCAACAGCCACAACAGCAGCCACAAGCAGCCCCGGCAGAGCGAAUCCAGCAGCAGCCACUGGAACAGGAACCGGUGGAGCAGCAGAUUGAAAAUGACUACCCGAGCAGCGUCCCUGCGGCCCAACAGCAGCCACAGCAGCAGCAACCGUACGAGCCUCAGCAACCGUACCAGCAGCAACAACCACAACAGCAGCAGCCUCAACCUCAGGCACAGCAACCUUAUGACCAGCAACAACCGCAACCACAGCCUCAGCCCCAGCAGCAGCCUUAUCAGCAGCAACCACAACAACAACAGCCACAACCUCAGCCUCAGCCUGCCUUUGGCCAGGAGCCCAUUCAGCAGCAGCCGUUGACUGAAGAGCAGAGCGCCGGAUAUCCGCAGCAGCAGCAGCAGCAGUCAGGCCAGCAGCAAUCCGGCUCCGGCUCAGGCAUCACCUGCACGGAGGACGGCUUCUUCCGCCACCCUGAAGACUGUGCCCAAUUCUACCGGUGCCACGAGGGCACCCGUUUCGACUUUGCCUGCGGUCCGGGCACGCACUUUGACGAGCGGUACAGCGUCUGCAACUGGCCAGCACAGGCCUAUCCUACCUGUGGUCAGCCGGUCAAGGCGCAGACGCAGGGACAGGCCGCAUCACCUACUGCACAACAAGGACCACCGCAGCCUCCUCCCGAACAGCAACAGCCUUAUCCGCCGCCGCCCCAGGAGCAGCAGCAGCAACAGCAACCUGGAGCCUAUCCAGGCAUGGAGACCCAGGAUGGCCCUUAUCAGACUCAGCAGCAGCAGCCCAGUCAGUAUGAGCCCUAUGUACAGGCACCGCCAGCAACCAAAACUGCCCAACCAAGCUACCCUCCGCCUGCCCCGGUCGAGCAGCAGCCUCCUCCUCCUCCUCCUGCCCCUCAAUCGCCUGCCUCUCAAGGCAGACAACUGGCCCAGAGUCAGCAGCAGCCACCUAGGCCCCAGCCCCAACCACAAGCCCAACCUCAGUACCCAACCAAGUCGGUUUCCAAGCCCAAACCUAAGCCCAAAUCCAAAGCUGCCUCAAAGCCUGCCUCUCGACCGGCGCCAGUCAAGGCGCGACCUCCGGUCAAAUCUCCACCUCCUAAAGCCACCAAAAGUCCACCACCACCGCCAAAAUCUGCUGCCACUAAAAGCUACCCGCCCACCAAAUCUGCCUCUCAGCAGAAAUUUCCUGCUAAUAAGCGACCACCACCACCGGUAAAAUCGCCCGCCAAGUCUGCCCAGGCAAAGAAGGGCGGCGCCGCAGCUCAGAAGGCGCCACCAAAGAAGUCUCCUGCCAAAAAGCAGCCACCACCACCACCAAAAGGUCCACUCUCUCCAGUACAGAAGGCUCGUCUGGCGAUGCAGCAGGCUCUUCGCCCAGCGCCCAAAAAGCCAUCCGCCGGAAGUAAGACACCGCCAAAGAAGUCACCGCCAGCAAAGUCUGCCAAACAGCAGCAGCAGCAAAUUGCACCCCGAAAACGCCACAUUUCUCCUGCCAACAAACUGACUGCCAAUAACAAACAAAAGCCGAAGCCAAAACCUAAACCAAAAACGAAGCCAAAGUCCGCCAACUACAAACAACCAAAACCGCUGCCAAAGAAACCACAACCACUGCCAGCCAGCCCGCCGAGUGAGCGACCGCUGAACCGGAAGCCCAAACAGGUGGAACAGGCGCCGUCGAACGGGUUCCGUUGCCCGGGUGAGGGCUUCUUCCGCGACCCGAACAACUGCGGCAUGUUCUACCGCUGCACGGAAAGUCAGAGGUUCUACUUUGCCUGUCCUGAGGGGCUCUUCUUCGAUGAGGUGCAGAGCACCUGCAACUGGCCCAACCAGGCGCAGCCACCCUGUCAGUACCGAAAGAAGAAGUAA